GUCCUUUUGUUAAUUACGACGAGCGCAGAAUCUCGAGAGAUAUGCUAUGGUGUACUUCACAGAGCCACAUGCCACCAAAUUGUAGGGAAUAUGUCAGUUCCACGAGGGUAGAACCCUAAAAUAACCCACUAAUGCAUAAACAAGGCCACUGAUCCCUUGCUCCGUCCUCAUUAACCCUCCAAUCAAUUCAUCAAACCCUAGAUUAAGCUCCACAAAUCAAAGCAAGGCCUAACUAGGAGGCAAACGCCAAGCGGAUCCAGUACUCCCACCUGUUGUUUGCCUUUGCAUGUCCAUGCACAUCUCCUCAUCUCCUUGCAAGAUUGCAUGCAUGAAGCCCAUGAGCUGCCACGAGCAAGAGCACCCGGAGCUCGCCGCCACCACGACCAACAGCAGCGCCUUCGACUGGCUUGAGGAUUCCAUCUCCUUCCUCACCGCAGAUGUCGACAUCGCCGCCGGCUACGGGUGGUGGUCCGAUCCCGCGGCGGUGCAGCAAGAUGAUAUUGGCAGCGUCGUGGCGCAGACGCUUUCGCCCCCGGCGCCGCUGCUGACGACUACCAGUACCAGUCCGCCCCUGGCGCACACCUCGCCAAGCAUUGCGUCACCGGCCGUGUCGUCGCCGUCGGAGCCUUCUUCGACCAAGAAGCGCAAGUCCCCGGCUCACAGGGCGUCCGCCCACAGUGGCAGCAACCAGCGCCGCCGCGCUGACCAGGACAGGCCAGCAGGUGCCGGUGGCGGCGGCGGCAGCAAGAAGGGCGGCUCCAAGGGCGGGGGAGCGGGAUCCGACCGGGACACGCGGUGGGCGGAGCAGCUCCUGAACCCGUGCGCGGCGGCCGUCGAGGCCGGCAACCUGUCGCGCGUGCAGCACCUGUUCUACGUGCUCGGCGAGCUCGCCUCCUUCUCCGGCGACGCCAACCACCGGCUGGCCGCGCACGGGCUGCACGCGCUCGCCCGCAGGCUCCCCGCCGCCGUCGGCCCGGCGGCCGCGGCGACCGUGCGUGUGCCGCCCUGCGAGUGCCCGACGCCGGCGUUCGCGGGCGCGGAGCCCCGGCUGUUCCGCGCGUCGCUCAUCAGGUUCCACGAGGUGAGCCCGUGGUUCGCGCUCCCGAACGCGCUCGCCAACGCGGCCAUCGCGCAGGCCGCGUCGCGCGGCGGCCCCGCGGCGGAGCCCCGGCCGCUCCACGUCGUCGACCUCGGCGUCUCGCACGGCGUGCAGUGGCCGACGCUGCUGGAGUCGCUGACCAGGCAGCCCGGCGGGCGCGCGCCGCCCUCCGUCCGCCUCACCGUCGCGGGCGCCGCGGCCACACCGCCGGCGCCCUUCUCGGCGUCGCCUCCGGGGUACGACUUCUCGCCGCACCUCAUCCGGUACGCCAAGUCCAUCAACCUGCAGCUCGCCGUCAGCCGCGCGGCGUCCCUGGACUCCGUGCAGCAUGGGUUCGCCUCCCCGCCGGGCGGUGGGGAGGCCCUCGUCGUGUGUCUCCAGUUCCGGCUGGGCCACGCCAGCGCCGACGAGCGGACAGAGAUCCUAAGGAAGGUGCGAGGCCUCAACCCGGAGCUGGUGGUGGUCUCGGAGCUCGACGGCGGCGGUGACGGCACCGCGGCGGGCGAGUUCACGGCGAGGCUGGAGCUGCUGUGGCGGUUCCUGGAGUCGACGUCCGCGGCGUUCAAGGGGAGGGACGGGGACGAGAGGCGCCUGCUGGAGGCCGAGGCGGGGACGUCCGUCGCGUCGGAGGCGGCGGGAGCAGGGAAGGAGGCGUGGCGGGAGCGCAUGGCGGCGGCCGGGUUCGAGGAGUCCGCGUUCGGCGACGAGGCGGUGGAGUCGGCCAAGUCGCUGCUGAGGAAGUACGACGGCGGCUGGGAGAUGUCGGCGUCGGGUGCGGCCGGCGCGGUGGCGCUGCGGUGGAAGGGGCAGCCGGUGUCGUUCUGCUCGCUGUGGCGGCCGGCGUGCAGCGGCUGAGGCUGAGCCCGUGGAGCCGGUCCACGCGUCCAUGUCUCCACGAUCAUGGCGGAUGAUCUGGGCCGUGCGCUGCGAGUCCAUGGAAAAUUGAAUUGGCAGGUGAUGCAGCACCUGCACAGUCCCAGGAGCUAGCCGACGCGCCUUGGACAUGGUCCAUGGACCAUGGAACAGAGCAGGCCUUGCCGUGCCGCCGGUGCACCAUGGAAGUGUGUGUUACCGGCGGUGUACGGGAAGCCAUGGCGAAACCAGUGUAGGUGUAGCUCUUUUAUUUUCUCUCUUCCUCACUCUUGUUUUCGAAGAAGAAAGCUACUGCAGUUGUCAGUGGUCAUUUUUGUACAGAUCGAUCGAUACGAUUCCUUUGUUGA